AUGAACAACGAACAAUUUCGUCGGCUUCUGGUCGACAAUGCGUCGAGUGGCAAGAAGUCAGGAUCGAGCGAAACACCGUCCCGUCGAGAUGGAGGACAUGGUGGUGCGACGCCCGGUGCGAUGCUGGGGUCAAGAAUGCGAUCGAGUAUCCCGAUGACACCACGGUCAGUUACGGGGGCCGAUUUUGCACGUCAACUAGCUGAACAACGUCGCGACUCGGAACAGCCACCCUCGAAGAGAUUCAAGUCCACUGCAGCUCCGAAAGGCACCAAAUUACCCACCGGCUACCAAGACCGCGCGCAAAAACGGCAAACAACCGAUGAGGGUGGAGAGGAUAUCGAGAAGCGGAUUCAAGCGCUCGAGGAGAUGGUCAAGUUGGGUCAGAUCGACCAAGCUACAUUUGACAAGUUACGACGGGACCUCGGAGUCGGCGGUGAUACGAAAAGUACACAUAUGGUUAAGGGCUUGGAUUGGGAUCUUUUAAAGCGUGUCAAGGCUGGUGACGAUGUUUCGAAGGCGGCUGAGAAGCCAGCGGUGGAGGAGAAAGUUCCCGAGACGGUGGAAGACGUGGAUGAUGAGUUUGACCGUAUGCUAGAUGAGAAAGAGAAGGGUGUUCUUCCCACAGCACCAAAAGAGAAGAAGGAAAAGAAAGGGUCUAUGGCACCUCCACCGGCUCCUGCAGGGAAGAGGUCUCGAGAUGAGAUUCUGAAACAGCUCAAAGCAAGCCGAGCGGCUGCUGCGGCACAACCGCCUCGGCCUGCAGAGCCAGAGCUCGGGGCUAAAUUCAAAAAGUUUGGAGAGUCAAAGCCGGAGAAGAAACGGUUUGUCGAACAAGAUGAGAAUGGUAGACGGAGAGAAGUCCUGGUCAUCACAGACGCCCAAGGGAACACGAAGAGGAAGACCAGAUGGUUGGAUAAACCCGGCGAGUCGAAUGGGAAUGCUGGACUGUUGGUUCCUGACAAGGACGCAAAGCCGCUGGGUAUGGAAGUGCCUGCUGAAAUCGCAGCCAAGGCCGCAGCAGCAGCCCCUCUCCCAGAGGAUGAGGAUGAUGAUAUCUUCGCGGGUGUUGGUGCGGACUAUAAUCCUUUGGCAGACAUAGGAGAUGGGUCUUCAUCUGACGAGUCUGACGAGGACGGAGAAGUGCCCGAGGCACGAAGUCAACCUGCAGAGAAGGCGUCUAUCAGCGAAAGUGAUCAGAAACCAGCCACCCAACCAUCCAGGCCGCGCAAUUACUUUUCAACCCCGACAACCGUGGAAUCUGAACCUCAAGACCGUUCUAACCCUCUCACAAAGGAUCCCACUAUCCUGGCUGCCUUGAAGAGGGCGGCUGCCUUACGACAAACAUCACCGUCUGGUGAGGCAGAAGGGGAUGACGUCGACAAGGACUCACUCCUUCGACAAAAGAAAUUCCUCGAAGAAGCACGACGCCGGGAUGCGCAGGACGCGAUGGAUAUGGACAUGGGCUUUGGCGGUAGUCGCAAUGAAGAUGAAGAGGACGAAGAGACUGUGUUCUUCGAAGAAGGUCGCGGGGGGAAUAAGAGGAAGCGAGGACCGAAGAAGAGAAAGGGCGAUAAGGACAGUGCGUCUGAUGUGAUGGGCGUUCUGGAGGGGAGAAACAGAGACUGA